AUGUGCGCUGCAGGCCAGUGCCUCUCCCACCCAGUCCCGCUCCCGCCCAUCCCGGCCUCGCUCUCGUCGUCGGCCAUUGUCGAGCUCACCUUUGCCGCGCUCGCAUCCGUCGCCGCUGCCCUCCUUGUCAUUGUGGCGGCCGUCCGCGCCGCGGGCUACGCCCUCGAGCUGUGGCGGCGGCGCGCGUCGCGUGCUGCCACUCGCCGUCACACGAGCAUUGCCCUGGUCGACGCCCUCGCCCCGUUCUACGCGAGCGACAAUAGCGAUGCAGUGUCUGGCCCGCUUGUCUGGUCUGGCCUCAACGUCCGCCUCCACGACGACCGUGCUCUUGGUUAUCUGCUGUUUGGCGGCUGGGGAUCGGUCGCCCGCGGCUCCAUCCACGGCGUUGUCGGCGAGUCCGGCUCUGGAAAGACUACGCUCCUGCACGUCCUUGGCGGAACGCGCUCCAAGCUCGGCUCCCGUGGCCUCAUUGACGGCUCGGUCUCCGGCCCAACAGCCGCGCGUAUCAAGCUUGUUCUGCAGUUCCCGGCCCUCCUCCCGCACUUUACAGUCGCAGAGACGCUUUCCUUUGCCAUUGACGCCCAUGCGCCGUUCUGGUACGCUUAUGCCGAGCGUAACCUGCUCCUUGGCGCCCUUCUCGACGCUCUGGCUCUGCGCCGGGUGGCAGACGCGCGCAUCGGCGACCCUGCUGCUGUCGUCCAUCGCGGUCUCUCAUCCGGCGAGCGCAAACGACUCUCGCUGGCGCUAGGCCUCAUCCGCGCCCCACACUUUCUGCUCGCCGACGAGCCGACCACCGGGCUUGACGCCUUGACUGCCGCCAGCGUCAUGAGCCUCCUCCGCACCUUGGCCGACGAACUGAACAUCGGUGUCCUGGUCACACUUCACGCGCCCUCGCGAGCUGUCCUCAACACGCUAGACACGCUCACUCACCUUCAUCGCGGCUACGUGGUCUACUCGGGCUCACCGGCUGUCGUCGAUCUCGAGGGCUCGCUCAUCGCAUUGGCACGCGCAUCGCCCGACGCUGCCGCGGACCUAGCCCGCGCCACCGAGGUACGCCGGCGGACCGCGUCGGACCGGCUCGGUGCCCGUCACGGCUCUCGCCUCGUCUCGUACCCGCUCUCUGGGCGGACGAGCCCGUCGCGGGCCCACGUUCGCGUCGGCCCUGUCGCCCAAGCCAUCGGCUGGGUCGAAGACAUGAUACGAGUGCUCCGGCGGCUUGCGCUUGCGGCCUGGCGCGACCCGCUCCUUCUCCGCGCCCAGUACGUGCUGACCCUGGGCGCAGCGCUGCUGCUCGGCGGAGUCUUCUGGGAUUUGCCGCUCAAUCUCAUCGGGGCGUGGAACCGCAUUGGGCUUCUUUUCUUCUCAGCCUCGCUCUUCUCGGGCCUCGCCACCGUCGUCUUGCACCUACUCUCCGGCUGGCUGCCUGUGGUCGUUCGCGAGGUUCGGUCCGGGCUCUACUCGCGGACGGCAUUCUUUGUGGCCUUUGCCAUCUUUGACAUCGUACCGUUUCGGGUCAUUCCCGCCCUUCUCUUUGGCUCGAUCACGUACUGGAUGGCCGGCUUGCAGGAAGAGCCGGCCAAGUUUCUCACCUUUGAGCUGUAUGUGGUGCUCGUGGCCGGGGCGUCGUCCGGCAUGUUUCUCGCGCUCGGCGCACUACUCCACCGUACGCCGCUGCUGCUCGGCAUGGCCGGAGCACUGGUCCACCUCGGCUUUAUGCUCUUUGGGGGCUUCCUGCUCAACGUCCAGAACGUCCAACCCGCUAUCGCUUGGCUCCUCGACGUUUCGCCGGUCCGAUACGCGUUCCAGGCGCUCAUGUUCAACGAGCUCAACGGCAUCGCCUUUAACUUUGACCCCAAGGCCGGCAACUUUCCGCAGUCGACCCUCGACGCUUCCAUCCUCAUCCGCCAGUUUGGUUCAGGUGAUGGGGGGACGUGGCUGCCGGCGUACGCCCUGGCUGGCCUUUGGGCCUCUGGCAUCGCCGUGGCGCUGGUCGUCCUCCUCACUGCUGCGCUGCGGUGAGUCAGCGCUGCCUUCCCGAGCACCGCCUGCGCGUAGGCGGCGGCGUUGACGAGGAGGCGGAAGACGACGACGACAAUGACGACGCCGACGAAAUGGUGGUUUCACCCGAUGACGUCGUCAUGCUGCGCGGCAGGCAGUCAGUGUAUGGCAGAAUGGUGUGGGGGAGACGCGUUUGGCGCUCGGCGGCCGAAGACGACGAUGUUGACGAGCCCGAUUUGGCCUCAACGGCACCGGCAGCCACCGCGCGGUUGUGCAGUGCAGCGAUGAGCUCGCCGUCGCGCUGGCUAUUGGCCAGCUCCUUGAACUCGCGAUCGUCGUCAAAGCCGUUGCCGUGCAGGCGAAGGAGCUUGAGCCGCGGCGCCGUCGCCAAGGCGAGCGGCUCGGUGGUGAGCAAGUUCUUGGACAUGUCCAGCCAGGUAAGCGCAGGCAGGUUCGGGAGCGCCGCCGGCAGCUGAGUAAAUAGGUUGUUGCCGA